AUGCUACCUUGCCACGUCUUGCUGCUGGCGAUGCUUCUCAGCCUUCCCAUCGGCUCCUCCGACGCGAAUGGGACAGAACUGCCCAGCCCUCCAUCUGUGUGGUUUGAAGCGGAAUUUUUCAGCCAUAUUCUCCACUGGAUGCCCAUCCUGAAUCAGACCCAAAGCACCUACUAUGAAGUAAAGCUUGUACGCUAUGGAACAGAGCACUGGGAGGCCAUCCCUGCCUGUACCCAGGCCCCGAAGCCGUGCUGUGAUCUCACUGCAGUGACCCUAGACCUGUACCACAACAACGGUUACUGGGCCAAAGUCCGGGCAGUGGAUGGCAGCCGGCACUCCAAUUGGACCUCUACUGAAACACGCUUCUCUAUAGAUGAAGUGAUUCUGACAGUAGGCAGCGUGACUCUAGAGGUGCACAACGGCUUCAUCCUUGGAACCAUCCAGCCCCCCAGACCCAUCAUGGCCCGCGCUGGUGACAUGUAUGAACACAUCUUCCCAAACUUCCGCGAGUAUGAGAUCGCUGUUCGCAAGGUGCCAGGAAACUACACGUUCACAAACAAGAAGGUAAAACAUGAAAACUUCAGCCUCGUAACCUCUGGAGAAGUGGGAGAGUUCUGUGUCAGGGUGAAACCAUCCAUUGGCUCACGAACUAACAAGGGAGUAUGGUCCAAGGAGGUGUGCAUCACCCUCACCAGGCAGUAUUUCACCCCAACCAUCAUCAGUGUCUGCUGCUUUAUGCUGCUGCUCUGCGGAACCCUGGUGUUCUUUCUGGCCUUCCAGCUGUACGUGCGGCACCGGGGGAAGCUGCCCGCUGUCCUGGUCUUCAAUAAGUCAAGCCCCAUCAGCCUUGUCAGCCAGCUUCCCUGCCCAGAGGCCCCAGACACCAUUCACCACGUUGAUGAGGAGGCCUUCCCGAAGGUAUCCCCAGAGCUGAGGAACUCAGAACUGCACGGCAGUACUGACAGUGGCUUUGGUAGUGCCAAGCCAUCUCUGCAGACUGAAGAAGCACAAUUUCUCCUCCUUGCACCCCACCCUCAGACUGGUGGGACCGUGGGGCAGGGGGAACCCCCAGCACUGGAGAACAGCUGCAGUGGGGGCAGCAGCAACAGCACAGACAGUGGCAUCUGCUUGCAGGAGCCCAGUCUGAGCCCCGGCACAGGGCCUGGCUGGGAACUACAGGUGGGGAGCAACAGCCGGGACCAGGAUGACAGUGGCAUUGGCUUUGUCCAAAACUCUUCACAACAGCCUGGGGGCACACAAGGCAGCUCAGCCUUGAGUGAGGUCAGCUCCUCAAGGCCUGAGUUACCUGGGGAAGAAAACCCAGAGGUGGUGACACUCCAAGGCUACCUGCAGCAGACAAGGUGCACAGAGGAGAAGGCAGCCAAUGCCAGCUGCCUGGAGGUAGAGUCCUCCUCUACAGAUGGCCUUGGCCCCCAAUUCCGGACAUGCCUAGAUGCCGAGGCAGACUGGCCUCCUUCAGCCCUGGCCAAGGGCUAUAUGAAACAGGACCCCCCAGGAAUGACUCUCUUUCCAUCAGGGGCUCCAGUUGGACAGUGGGAACAACGAGCUGAGGAAUGGCCACUCCUUGGCUUGACAAACUGUGGUGAUCUGGGAACCUCUGAUUGGAGCUUUGCCCAGGAUCUUGCCCAUCUAGACUGUAUGGCAACCCCAAGUAGUCUCCUUGGCAACUUUGACUCAGACCUGGUGGCUCUGCCACUGAUCUCCAGCCUGCACACAAAUGAGUGA